AUGGUGAGAGAUCACGAAAAGAUUCAUACAAGAGGCGAAAUUGUGAAAGCUGAUUCAAGCAUGAAAUUUGUAUCUGGUUGUGGACUUCUAUAUGAAUGUCCGAAAUGUUUGAAGAGACUCACACGAGCAGCUGCUGUUGAUCACAUGGCUAAAAUACACAAUCAACAUAUUGAAAAUGUGGACAACUUCUGCUUCCAGUGUAAAGUCGUGGUUGAUGACUAUCGGAAUCAUAUCAAAAGACAUUUGUCGUUUCAAUGUCAAACGGAAUUUGUUGAUAGAUAA